AUGGUUGCCGCCUUCGAGGACGCUCAAGUCGAAAGCCAGACCCAGCCGUUGCAGGACACGGCAGCGGAGCCGCCAGCUUGUGUACUCUGCCAGAAGACCUUCGCGGCCCAGGACCUGACCGGGCGGUGGACAAGCAAGAAGUGCAAGACCUGUGCCGCUCUGGAGAUGAAGUUGUGGCGGCAGCUGGGGUCCUUCGAGCCAUGGAAGAAUACCACCGCGGCAGAGAAGGCGGAGUUCUACAAGGGCUCAGGCGAGUACAAAGACUGGCCGACGCUCGAAGCUCGUCUCACGGACGUCCUCACGUCCCGCGCCGUUCGCUUCCAGAAGGAGUGUGAGAAAGGUGAGUACUUGCCGGCUACGGUGUACUUGGCGAAGGGCUUUACCCAAGAGCACAUCGACAAUUGCGAUGAUCGCCGCGAGCAUCCCCACCUCGGCGAGACUAUCUUGGAAGGAUCAGAAAGGGGGGGGAGCUUUCCGACUAUCAGAAUCCCGAUUCAGUCUCGCAGCACCGGCGAGAUCAGGGAGUCGAUUCAGGAGGAGAUCAACAAGAGGGUGAAGGACGUUCGCAAGAAGAAGGGGGACCCGACCACUAAAGACUGGGACCUACCGUCGCACACCUCGAAGGAGAGUCAGACAGCAAAAGCGGAGACAGCCGCCAAGAAAGCGGCGGUGAAGGCGAAGAAGCAAGCUGUGGCCGUGGCACAGUCUUCGUUGGCCUCGGUAACGUCGCUGUGGUGCUCCGUCAGCACCUGGGAAGGGAAGGAGACCGACCCGGCGCUGCUCGCCAAGCUGAAGGACCUGAAGUGCAAGCUGGGCCAGUGGAAGCUUUCGGCCGAGCAGGUCCUCGCGAAGAAGGACACCGAGGAGGUCGUCCCCCUUGCCUUUUCCAAGAGCGACCUGAAGACCUUGAGCAAGGAAGUACAGGACGUGCUGGGGGAUUGCAAGCAGGCCCAGAAGGAGAAGAACAGGUUGAAAAAGGCCGCGAAGGAAGCGAAGCCGGCAGCGACGGAGGCAGAGAACCCGCCUACCCUAAAGAGACGCAGGGUCAACAAGGGCAGCUGA